CAUUUUUGGCGCAGUUCGUCGCUUACCAGCUUGCAUCGCGUACCUACUUGUGUUGAUGUAACAAUGGAGUCGCUUGUUGUGUCUUGAAGGUUAAUAAAAUCGCCGAGCAAGAGUAACUGGACGCGAGUGUUUUCUUCUGGAAAGAGACAAAUGGCCGAGAAUAUGUGGGAUCAGACGUGCAGGACCUGCCUGGCCACUUGUGGCGAGCUGGUGCCAAUAUUCUCCAACGACUACUACGUGCGCAACCUGCCUGAUAAGCUCUUUCACACCACCAGGAUUGAGGUAUUGAAAAAUGACAAUCUACCGAAAAUGAUAUGCAAGAAGUGCAUAUUCCUUGUGGAUUCCUUAUAUUGUUUCAAGGAUCAGUGUGAAAUGGCAGAGAUAAAGCUCAAAAAGUCAUUAAAGGGAGCUGCUGAUGGUGAUCGGACUUAUGAUUCUUACAUCUUAGGUAAAGCUACGGACCAUUCAGAUGCCGUAAGCUCCAGUGAAGAAGAAUACCAUAUAGAGUAUGCAUCGGAAGAAGCUAGAUUAGAGGUAGAAAAAGCCAGGAAAAGAAAUCGCACGCCAAAGAGUAGGCUUAGCCGAAAUUCAGGUGUUAAAGUAAAAUCUGUUGAAGUUUUACCGGCAGAAUCAAAAGAAUUUUGCCAAAAUGUAGAUGAUGCUGGAUCCUCGUACAAAUUUCAGUUUUCGGAAAUAGAGGAUGUCAAUGUAUCUGACAGUGAUACUUUGUACAUGUCAGAAGAAUCUAAAAGAUCUGUAUUAAAUUGUAUGAAUAAUUAUGAUGAACCAAAGUAUGGAACUUCAGAAAAGAGUCAAUUUUUGAAAAACCAAAAGCAAAAUCAAUUUCAAGAUAAAUCAGAAUCAAUGAAGCCUAAACUCAAAAGAAAGAUAGAUAGUGAUAAUAAUUAUAAUCAGUUAACAAAAGUACCAAAAAAAGUUAUGUUUAAAGAUACUGAAGAAGAUUUGCAAUUCAUAGAAGUCUCUGAUAAUCAAGACAGAAUGCAGGAUAAUUAUCUGUUAAGAGAAGCUAAUGACGAAAAUAAUACUGUUGUACAAAUUAAUGUUAUUGAAAAUAGUACAGGAAAAAUAGUUCAAAACUAUGAUAUUCCGGUCUGUAAAGAAACUCCAGUCAAAAAUUCCACAGAGUCUUUAGUAUCUUUUGAGUUCACGAAAAAAUCGCCCGAUGAGAAUGUAAGAAAAAUCUUGGAAACCCGCAUGAAAAGUUUAAUACGGCAAGUAAUUCUUGACAUUCCCGAAGUCUGCGACAUUUGCACAGAAUUUUUUGAUUCUUACCAAGACGUUGUGAAACAUAAAGCCAUGAUACAUAUGAAUAUGAACGACGAAUAUUUCUAUUGUCCCGUGUGUCAAGAUAAAUUCUUUUCAAACACUGAUCUUCUGACACACAUAGACAAACACAAAGAUGCUCAUUCAUACAUUUGUAGCCUGUGCUCAUGCUCGUUACACACUGAAGAUACUAUGAGGUCACAUCUACUAUCACACAUAAAUUUACGUGAACUCAAGUGUGAGUUAUGUGCCAGGAGCUUCCAGCGAAUUCAGACACUGCUAAAUCACUGCGAUACGCAUUUGCGUGCCAAAGAGCUGACCUGCGUUUUCUGCUCAACAGUACUCAACAACAAAGAAUCGCUGCAGAAACAUAUAAAUGAAUUUCAUAAAAGGCCAGCAGCCGUCGUUGAAUCCCAGUGCGAGGUUUGCGGGUUGCGAUUACCAGAAUCGGAAAAAGAAGAGCACGCAAAAACUCAUACUACUUACCCCUGCCCGUACUGCGAGCGGAGUUUCUCUAUAAAGGCGAAUCUUAGGGACCAUGUGUACACGCACUUGGGCGUACAGCCGUAUACCUGUCUAGUCUGCGAAAAAGCGUUUGACUCUCAAGAAGAACGUACACAGCACAUGCAGGAGCACAUGAAACCUCCACAGAAACCGCAGCUGCAAAAAGGCGGAGACCAAAAGAAGUUUAGGUGUCGAGUGUGUCACGAGAUACUCGUGUCUCGUGCAGCUUACGGCCAGCACCUAAAGGAGAAACAUUGGAAUUCUAAACAGACCGUCGAAAUCCUUCGAGAACUCUCUGAAUCUUGUAUGAAUGAAAAAUUGAAUGAAACGUUUACCAAUGAUUCUAGUUACACAUGAGAAUCAGACGGCAUUUCAAGCAGACACAAUUAGUAUGAACCAACAAGUGAUUUUUUAAAAAGAUUUUUCAAGAAACAUAUACUUUCUUGCGAAACAAAAAUCUAAACAUUGGACCAAAAUCAGUUUUAUUUUUAAAGAUUAUCAAUAUUGUGUAAUAUUCAACUCUACAUGUCAUAAUUGAGUAAAGCGAGUAUAUCUUUUUUUUUAAUUUCAGUUGAAAGAUUUCUAUAACACUCAUGUUUUUUUUGUUCAUUUCUUAUUUAGAAAUGAAUCAGUUGUACAAGUAUAUCAAUUAGUAAUUUAUAUUAAUUAUCAACGUUCAUAACCAAAUGUGUGUUUAACAGAAUAACUGAUUAUUUUCCUCAUAUUAUGAGUUAUAAUCAAUAGAAUUCAAAUUAUUAAUAUUUAUUGUGUAAUGUGUAUAAAAACUCUCGACUAGCAAAUUUAUUUUAGAAUCAUGUUUAUUUGACUUUAAUAAUUUUAAAAAUCUUCUGAUAUUCAUUUAGAAAAAAUUGCAUUUCUAGGACAAAUAAAAUAUUGGCAAAUUUUGCAGUGUCAAAUAGUUGUUUGGUAUAUUAGAGUUAUACUAUUUUGUAAUUUAUGUACAAAACGAAAUUAUCUUCGAUACAAUGAAAAUAAUUAGAUGAAUACUUUUCAAAAAGUAGUCGGUAUUUACAUUAUAAGUUUUGCCUGGAUAUCUCUUUUUUCGAAUGAAUUGAUGUCGAUUGUCAUCAGUAUGAGGUGCUAAUACAAUUUUAUAAACGCAAGAAAUACACAAAAUGAUGGUGUAUACAAUAAAUAGUUGUAUGUGCAUGCUCUACAACUAAGAACAAAAAAUAUUGUAGACAGUUAAAAACAGUGCAAAUGAUAUAAUUACUGUACAAAGGUAUUUAAAACUCAUCCAUGUCUUUUAUAUUAAAGAAAAGUGUAAAAAUGGUGUAUUAAAAAAGUAGAAUCUGGUAUGAAAGUGGUGCUGUAAUUAGUGUACAUCCAAUGGAAUUUGUGUAAAUUUUUCGGAGAUAAGUUCAAAACAAUUGCCUAAACAGUGAAUACAUUAUUUAUGGAUAUCUAUAUUUUUUCAUCAUAUCGCAUAAGCAAUAAAUAUAAUACUUGCAACGCUUGUAACUAGCUUACGUAAUAGCAUUGUAUAGCAUCACGACUUAAACUACCUUUGAUUCAAUUAUCAAAUAAAUUUUGUUUAGGUUAACUAUAGCUAUGUAAAAUAAUUUCGCGUCAAUCAUGUGCGAAAAGCAGUGCGGAGCAUGAAACUGAUGUAAAAAUACUUAUCUCAUUCAAAGAGAAAAAUUAACCAUACUUGGACGAUCAAUAGUUCAACUCACGACUGGUAGUCGGGUGUGAAUUUUGAUAUGAAACCUACGAAAAAAAAACUGAAAAAAUGCGCAUUACUGCCUCGUGCCUUAGUUGAAAUGUGAUAACGCAUUCAAUCGUACAGAAUUUAUAUUUAAUCAAAAGCAUGUAUAUAGACACCCAUAUGCACCAGUCCAGCUUGGAAGUGCUGAUCGUCCAGCGUGUCUAACGUAAGAAGAACAUAUUUUCACACUGUAAAUUUAAUAUUUUUACUGUAUAGCUUAUAUAUACACGGUAUAUAAAUAUUAUAUGGUAGUGAAUUUCUCCAUGUAGUUCCAUGUGUCUACUGCACGAAAUAAACCACAUUUUAUUUUACCAACAUA